GCAUCCCCAUCGCGUCCGUCAUCCGCUGACGAAUACAAAAUGGCGAAUUGUGAAGGUGCGUCGUCGUCGCGAUGAGCCCCUACGCAGCAUCUUUUUUACGCAGGGUCAAACUGAAAGCGGUCCUCACCCGCAAUUAGAGCCUUCAGCUACCGUGGGAACAGAAGGAGCGCUUCGAACAGCUGAAGAGGAGGCAGCGCAGACCCUAUCCUCCGAAAUCUGAACAAUGGAGGAAGAACGGCUUGAAACGGAAAACCGGCGCUUGGCUGACCAACUGUCCAAUCAGGUGUCUCAUCUCAAGAGUCUGGCCUAUGACAUCGAACUGGAGACCAAAGAACACAACCGCCUACUUGGAGGACUGGGCUGGGACUUUGAUGGAUCUCAAGGCAUUCUCUCGGGCAGCAUGGGCCGCGUGAACAAGAUGCUCAAGUCCAACAGGUCCAACCGCCGGCUCAUGUGCUACGUGAUUCUCGGAGUGGUGGCUUUGGUGCUGCUUGGCUACACGCUUGCCGUCAGGGCAACUCGUCAAUGAGCCCAAGCAACGCAAAGGAUAUGAACAUGCAUAAAUUUCACAUGAAAAAAAAAAUGCUCUGUCCUGACACCUAGUGGGUCAUCUGUACAGGGCUGAUGUGCUGUGGCAGCCACUUUUUGUUGUACUUUGUUUUGGAGUGUAUUGAGUUUUGCCAUGUGUGCUGAUUUUCGUCUCGGUAUUUAUUUUUGAUUACUUUUGAGUUGUGUUAGCUACAACAUGCUUUACUACUUUUUAAAAACAAGAUCAGGUACAGUUUAACCAGAAAGAAGUCGCAGUCAACAUGAAAAUGGCUUCAUUAUAGCGUAUAUUCGUUAUAAGCAUAUAUUUGUUAUAGGCUGAUUGAUAUCAGAGAGCAGCUUUUUAUAGUUACUGCAUUGUAUUUAAUAAUUUCCUAUAUCCAUGUUAUAUUGAGGUUUGAUUGUAUCACAACGGUACCAUAAUAUUUUGGUAGUAACAAAACUGCUCAUGAGCAGUCGUAUAUUGUGUAUACAGUACGCAUUGAGCUACUUGUCUCAUAUUAGAGCACAACUCUUGGGUGCCUGUUCCUGGGUUGAACGUCAGCGUCCCUCGGCGUAACUGAGCAAAUGCGCUCGUGUCACUGCUCGCGUAUUCGUCGUCUUCUACAGCUGGCUUCACUGCUGCUCAUCACGCCAGCGUUCCCAUACUGCCUCUCCCUCUGUGAAGGCACUGACGGCACUGGCUCGCUGCCACUUGGUAUGGUGAUUUCGGUCUCAAAUUCUUUGCCUCAAUAUACUGCAAAAUGAAAACACGUAUUGAGCUGCAUUCCAAUUUCGCAUUAGUGAGUAUCAUAAUUGUUGGACACUUUUUUGUUUUUCGUGACGUUGAAGUGAAUUCCGAGGUCAUCAUUUGAACACGUCUUUUAUAUCCACAUAGAGGAGCGUGGAGUAUGGGUUUCUUAUACCAUCAUUAAGUCAUUAUUUGGCUGCUUUUCUCCGAUGUGCAGCCCAGAGUGCCUGCUUUUGGUUACCUCAGAGAAUUUUAUGGCCACGUCUUGAAUUUGGGACUUGGAAACCCUGACACUAGCUAUAUCUUUUUGUCUCUCACUCUGCUGACACUUUCUUUUUGUUUGUUUUAGUCUGGCCUCUUUCAAAAUACUACUGUGUAGUUGAUGCUUGAUGACCUUAUAGCAACGUGGAUCAGCUUUUUGAAGAUUCACAUAAGGUUAUGUGCACUCCUAUGAAGCUUUACACAUUGAAACGAACUUCUUUCUCUCAGCACAUGGCAGUUUCUGCAUAAGUUACUGGCAUUCACAGAUUCUUGGCUGCACACCGGUUUCUCACACUGUCCCAUUUCGGAAUUGCAUUCAUCCUGUUUGUCGUCAUCAUACAAAAUGUAUCUUAGUUUAGUUUAUCCAUUAUCAUUGUGUCACUUGGGUUUAUUUAAAAGUUUAUUUGUUUUGGUUUGCCCAUUUUCAAAAGGGUAGUAGAUGCGGGUUCAAGGCUUGUUGCUUGGUUGUGUACAGAGAUAGGAAGAGCAAUGCCUAUGGUACAUAUUGGAGAAUGAAUAUUGCAAGCUGACAUUUAUUUAUUUAUUUAUUUAUUUACAGUACCCUCAGGGCCCAGAAGGGCGUUACAGAGGGGUGAGUACAAUAAUAAUAAAUAAAAAAUACAUGCUCAAACAAUUAUUAGUAUUAAGGUGAUAAAUUCAAAAGAUAAUCAGUUAUUAUUGUUAAGAUUAACAAGGAGUAGAGUUGAGUUGUUUAUGUAAUGUGUAAAACAGGUAACUAGAUGUCUGUUAUAGGGGUGCCUAUAAGGGUGCCUAUGGAAGAAUGUGGUUCAGGACAGCAAAGAUUAGGGAAAAUGAUGGGCUGAGGCAGUUAAAAGGUCUAGAAUGGUGCUUCCUGUCUUGGGAUGAGGAUAACUGGGCAUUGCUGUAGAUGCCGUCAUCCUGCAGUAGACAAAUUAUGCGGUUGGUGCAGUGUAGUUCUUUGUGUUAUGCCAUUUUAAUUAAGAAGCAAACUGCUGCCGCCUCAUAAGGAGCACCGUGUCUCUUAUUUGCGAUUUAAAAGUAUUUGUCAAGCAUAAUGCUUCCCAAGUAAGUGUUGCCCUUGAAGUUAUCAAGAGCUACAUCAUGGGCGACAAUGGACUUUCAGCAGCAACAUACUGAGUUAUGUAAUACGCAUGCUGCAAUAUUCGAAGGUCGUGUAAGUGGACAGAAAGAGUGAUUACAUUAUUCAUUGCAGCAGUAAGCCGAUGAUAAAACCUGUGAAAGCCACGUAAAAUUCUCUGCAAAGGCCUUGAAAGGUUUGAUAUUUUACUAAAUCAAAUGGGGCAACCACAAAGCUUCAGCUUUGUUGGUUUAAUGUUACUUGCAGAGGUAAAAAAAUCUAGCAUACAUAGCUAUCGUUUUCUCUUUACUUGUUUAUGAUAAUAAAAUACAUAUCCGUCACUCUUGUUAGCAAGAAAGGGGGUGACGGUGGGAAGUUACAACAUAAACUUGCUCACGCAAUUACAUAUCACCGUAGUAACAGUGCAAGUUUUUUGCAAACAGGAAAAUCUGUUUUGCAGAGAACGAUGAACAUAAAAGGCAAAGUUUUACAUGCAUGUUCUUGAUGCAGCUAAUCAUGAUGUUGCUAAUCAUGACUUGUCACACGCACAAGAAGGCUGUCUGAUAUCAACUAUCUUCAUUAUUGAGCUCAAGAAUUAUGAGAACAUUCAAACCAUUACACAGGCAGGUUUGAUCUUGCCAGCUUCUUGCGAUAACUACAUAUGUGCAAGUUGCUUAAGCGAGACUGUUUCCAUGGGUCCAUAACAUGAGCUUCGAGUCAAUGUGGUGAAUUUUACUGGCUGAGGUUCACAGCAGUGGUAGAGUUCAGAAUUUGCAUGAUGACCACAGAUAAAAAUUAUUAGCUUAUUUUCUCUUAUUCAUUAUCUUAUUCAUUAUCUUAUUAAUUACUGUAGUGCAAGUAAUGCAAUUGCAGAAUGUAAGCCUGCCAUUGCUCAAGCCAUAGGCACACACAAAAAAAAAUCUGAGACUUGCGCCACUUCCAAGACCACCGUCCCCAUACUUUCUGCAAGUUGCAUUGGUAUUCUACUACUCAUAGUUUUCUCACAAGCCUUUGGGCAAUAUGUAACAAAGCUUCAUUGAACACAUAUGCAUGGAAAAGCAGGUGUACAAGACAUGCGCACAAGAAAACCAAGGGGGACAACAUAAACACCAUUGUCAAUGGAAAUGUCUCACAGGAGUGGAAAAAGAAUGAAGACAAAAGCUUUCUGCACAUGCUCAUGGGAAAGCAAGUGCACUCCAAAAUUUGAACAUAGUGCGAUUCUAUUCAGACAUGGAAAUUAAGAAGUGCAUCUUGUGGUUGAAGCAUGUCGUAUCAGUGAUGGCAGUAGCAUUUGUAUAAGUCAGCUCUUGGUUAUCUUGCACAACAAGGAAUCGCCGUCAUAUUAUCUUUUGCGAGUGCCUACCGAUUGAUGGGUAGACGCUACCUUCCUAUGAGCGCAGAUAGUUUUUGUGUCUUCCUUCUUUUUCCACCCAUGUGACCUUUAAGUUGAUAGUCAGUGUUUGUGUUGUUGUUCUUGUGUCUGCAUUUUGUAUGCCUGGCAUUCUGUACCAUGAAUUUCUACCAACUUUCUCAGCUUUGUCUAUUCCUGAACACCUAUUUUUCAUCGCUGAUUUCGGGGACCAUUAUCUCGAAAGUGGCAGUGUUGUCAAAAUCGCUGCUGAGUUGACUUGUCUUGACCAUUGACAGGCUUCAAUUUCCGAAAUGCAACAUGUGCUAAGUCAUUAAACCCUUCUGUGCCUUGGGCGAGCUGUGCUCCUGGUAAAAACGGUCUAGGACAAGCUGUGCUCAUCAUUGCUACUUUUCACCCUUUAGCAAUGCUAUGGAUGAGCUGGUUUCGUCUAAGUGCUUUGUCAUGCUCCUUAUAGAUGGCUGCACACAAUCCAUGGGGCAGAGCAUGUAGGAAUGAGUUCAUUUUCAUGGAGGAAGUAAAACAAUUUGGCAAAUAAGGUCUUUAAAUAUA